CGCGCACUUGUUUUCUUCUGUCUCUUGUCGGUUGUGUACUGUCAGCCUGUCGAUCAAGUUGGAUUUCAACGACUCUGCUCUCCACUUGCUCCGUGUUGUUUGUGCAUUUUUCGACUCAGCGAGAGUGUGUUCUUGGAAACGACGAUCAUUCGACGAUCGACGACGACGACGACGACGCUAAUUGAAUUUUUCCACAGGAUUUCUGCGGUUUCAUUUUUUUCGAGUGCUGAAACGACUUUCGAUUUUCGGCUUUUCGGUGGUGCACUGUGCUUAAUCGAGAAGAAAACGAAUUGUUUAGCAUAAUUUUAGUUUUUGUUUUGGUGACUGAGUGAUUUCAAAGAUUCUCCUGAUCCCAGUCGGUGCGAGUGACUGCGGGAGAAUUAGCAAUAAGUGACGAACCCCGAAUCGAAAACACAGGUGUUUGAGAGCGGUGAAUAAAUUAGCGACCUUUCAGAAGUACGUGUGAUAGAAGCAAAUUACACAUCUAGCUACCCUCGGCUCGAUCACGAACAUCUCGAGUGCCAUUCAAACGAAGUGAUAAACAACCCAAUCUUUGUGAUCAUUUUUUUUCCGCUGAAGAUUUGAGUGAUUUCAAAAGUGCCAGACCACAAGGUGCUGAAAGGUUCUUGACUCGACUGUCAACCUGAAGUGGAAAAUUGAAUAAAUCCUAGAAUUUUACGACCCGUCCGGAUUAUCAUUGGAAAUCAUCAGAUCCGCUAGUGCUGGAGUAUAUUUGGCAAACGCUGAUCUUCAAAACAAAACAAAAAACAUUCUGGAAAUACCCGCUGUUGUCAUCCUGAUUUCGAUAUUCUUCUUGACUGCGAUUAUUAUUUUUUUCGAUUGACCUAGACAACGCGAAACACUGAGUACCUGAACUAAAAGUCUGACUGAAACUAUAGUGAAUAAAAACCGAUACUCUUCAACCGGAGACUUUAGAUGCAGUUCUUAGCUGUGUGCUAUUGACUACCGUAGUUUAGUUCAUUUUGUCUGCUUAAAUGAGUUCAAGCCGAUUGUAGUCGUAGUCGUAGUAUAUUAUAAGCCUAUAUAUCGACCCUGCAAAAAUUUACCGCUAUGAGUAGAUGGAACCUUGCCGCCGUACGCCUUCUUCUAGCUUUGGUGUCGUAGUAGUCGCACCAGUAGAAUGACGGAUGUUGCCCACCCGAUCCUGCCGAUUCCUUCGCUAGCCGCUUCGACCAACUCGAACUCGAAAGCCACCGCUGCUGCUGCUGCUGCUGCCACUGCUGGUCCCCAAGUGCCGCCGCGUACCGUGUCCUUCAAUCGGGACGUGCAUGUCAAAAGAAUUGGAUCACGUUCGGAACCGCGAACCUUCCCUACCAAUUCGAACGUCCGCAAGGAAGCGCAGAAGCUAUCUCCGGAAGCCCUCCGCAAGGAGGCCGAAUUCGUUCUAGCCCAAGCGGAUCGCCUAGAUCGGGCUCGAUCCCAUAGCAGCAGCACCAACGGAAAGGACGACAAGUUCAACUCGCUCCCGUCGAGGAAGUCCCGUGGAAAGGCCACCGUCAACCGAAGUUCCAGUGACGCUUCCUCGAAGAAACCUCAGAAGAAUCUGCUGAGCUUGUUCAACAAGACCAGGCAUGACGGAUCCGGAUCUGUGAAGCCACCAGCCGAAGACAAGCCCCGCAUCACCGUCAGCCGUAGCAAGAGUGAUGUUGGUCAAAACCGUCAAGUGAGAACUCCUCGUCGAAUCCCUCGAAGAAACACCCAGGAGCUGAAAAAUGAUCCACUAACACCGAUCAUUGAAGCUUCCCCCGUGGAGUACACCAAACCCGUAGAUCCACUUACCGCGUACACUCAACAGAAGCAUCCGACCGGGAUCCACAGUUUCCUAGCCAGUCAGGACUUGGAUAUCUUCCCAAACCGACCCGCGUCCAAGCCCGUAAUGGAAACCAUCGCCCUGCUGCGACACAACUCCAAAUCCCAAGAACGCCUGCACAGCUCCCAACAACCACCGGACAAGCCCAACCUCACCAAAGGCGUAACCGUCGAGAACAUCGUCAAACGCCUUUCCACCGAACGACACACCUCUCCGCCACCAGCACAGAUCGUUCGCGACGGCUUCUCGUACACUCGCCCAAGCGAACCCAUCGUCUACGCCCAGGUCGUGUGCAACAAUGAUAGCAAGGAAAAGCACACCGUCCGCAAUCAAUACCUAGCCAACACCAGCGACGAAGACGUCAAGAAAUGUAGUCCACACGACGACCUCACCGACAGGAUGGCCACCAAGGAGUACCUCACCAUGAAACGUCCGAGUCCUCCACUUCCCAAGUACACCCUGGACGAGACGGACAACUUUCCUCGGACCAAACUGAAACCCUACAACAGCGACGAAGACGAAGGCUUGGGCAUAGACUACAGCAAACGCUUCUCAACCUCCUACCUCAAGACCACCCACCAGACGACGGCGACGGCGGUGACGGAUUCCUUCACCAAUUCCGACGAAGAUCACAUCACUCCAACCGUCAAGUACACUCCGCCGUCGUACGUUGCAAAUCACAACUUCAGCGCCAACUACCGUGGCCAGGCCGAUGGCAAGGAGUACUUCCCCGAGUUUCACGAACUCAGUCAACGGCGAGAGAUUCUGGAGUCAAGAAUUCGCAACCGCAUCGGCUCGAGGGAAGUGCUGGACAAGGGCUCACCCGAUCGAGAUGUGGUUAGACGGGGCAGCGCUUCCCACUACGAGAGUUACCUGCAAAAUAGCACUGCGCGGAGAAGCGUUGAUCGGAUGGCCAGUGCUUCACCGGUGCGAAGGAGCACUCUGUCACCACCACCGGUGGAGGAAGACUUGAUUCGUCGUAAGAAUUCCAAGAACCAGCAGGUGGAAUCAUUCAUCACGAAGACGGUGGUUAACCGCGAUGGAAGACCGUACUCGGAAGAGUACGUGGAGCGAAUCAAGUACCCGAGCAAGAACAUGGAAGAUAUCCGGACGACGAGAACUACGUUCGAACGGGAUGGAUCCGUGGAGCGGACUGAGGUGCAGAACUUUUCCAGAAACCUGGGUGAGACUAGUCACUCGGGGCAAGUGAUGGACAAGGGAGACUCCGGGAUUGAGAACGACUUCCGAAAGGAUUCGCUCAAUAACGAGUAUCCAACGGGGAAGAAAUUCACCUUGGCCCAGAACAUACAUGCAAGCGAGAGUUUUCUUCGUCAUGAACGGAAUCAUACUAACAGUUGUCUCCGAAAGCCGAAGCGGAUGUAUUCCUACCGGGAACGGAGCAUAGACGACGGCAGUCGGUUCGAUCCCCGGCUAGAUGACUAUCCGGAUUCGGGCCGUGGUUAUCAGAAAGAGUUGAAAUCUUCGUUGAAGCAGGAGAAAAAGACCGGUGGAUUGGCUAAGGUCAAGCAGUUCAUGAGUUCCACCAAGAAGAAACUGGUCAGGAUGGGUGAAUCGGACAAGAAGGACUCCCGGCAGAGUAGCAUCCGUAGCGAUGAGAGGAUGCGAUUCGAUGAUCAAUACAACUCCAAGGUCCCAGACAUUGCCAACCGCCGGCGGUUGUCAACCCCAAAGUCCAGCCCAUCGACGACAAAGCGUUCACUGUCGUUCAAGAGCACGAAAACGAGUGAUACGCCGAAAGCUUCCCGUACGGACUGGUUUAAGUCAUUCGAUAGGUUGUCCCGCAAGAAGUCCGACUCCAAGUCACAGCUGGGAAGUGACCUCAAAUCGUCCUCCGGUGGGUCGAAGCAGCAGAAAAACCUGCGGUUCUUCGGUGAUACCGAUACAGAGUAUGCCAAUGCCCCCAGUAGACCUAGUCGUUCCAAGUCUUCGCUGACGAAGGCGGAUAAGAAAUAUCAGAGCGCUUACGAUUUGGAAGCGACACCAAAGAUCAGAGAGACCCGCAACCGUGCGACGUCGAUGCAGAAUCUGGACGAAGAAGAGCACCGAAACGAAUCUAAGAGAAAGGACCUGUAUGACAUUUCCGAGUACUCGACGAGCUAUCGGAUGCACUCGCCUUCACCUGGUGGCAAUCCGGUACGGCGGCAGCACAGCAUGAGCCGAGAAUACACUCCGGAUCGCACCAUUAACCGCAAGAGCUACAGCCGCUCGCGAGAAAACAGUGUAGAUCACGUGGAAUCCGAGCGUUAUCAACGAUCCAGUCGAAGUCGCAGCGAACAGCAACAUAGGAAACCUCCUUCCGGUCCGCAGAAGCCGGCUCGAAGUUUCGAACGGAGAGGUAGCUUAACCAGGGAAAUGGAUCGCGUUCAGGACAGUUCCGGCACCGAGGGUGAGUCUAGUCAGCAGAGCCAGCGUAGCGUGGUAUUCCUGCACGCAACCACCGUUGGCGACAUUCCUCACCCGCACAUUGCGAACGCCCACCGGAUGGCGUACUCCCGUGAAUCGUUGAACAACCCGAAAAACGUCCAACCGAUGACCCGUACGGUUUCACGAUCGGUUUCGGUUCUGGCUCCGUGGAAACCGAAGCACAUGCGUGAUGGCUACGAAAUCAACUACCACAACGACCAGCAGCAACAGGUGGUGAAACCGAUCUCAACCCUACCGCGACCGAUCAAGAAUCGAUCCUCCAGCCAGUCGACGUUGAGUCGCACCAAGCAGAAGACCCGACGGAGUCAAACGGGCAGCAAGGACGAUCUGGAUUCGGACAAGAGUUCAUCGUUUGACAAUUCGAGGAAAUCCUAUCGGACGUCCGACGGGGAUGGCAGAGUAGCCGGCAGCGGCGGCGGCCAUCAGACACAUUCGUUGCCUAGGAGAACGCGGGAAAGCGGGCCGGCAUCCGGUAGCUCGAAGACUAACACCCUUCAGAAACAACGGAGAAUCUAACCUCAAACUGCGAAUCGGCGUGAAGUUACUAAUCCCUGGAAUAAUUUUAACCAUUUCUCAUUUUAGCUUCACAAUGAAAUUAGUAAUUAUUCAAGCCUGCAAAAAUUCGGCCGUGUGAUGAUUGAUGUUUGGAUCUGGAGUUUUAAAGUGGUCACAUUUCUGUUUAACAAAAGGGGAAAAAAUGUUGCAAAAAAUGUUAACGUUUGUUUUGAGAGAUUUUUUUUUACUAUUGAAAAUAAUGAAUGUACUAAAAAGUAAUAAAAUUUGAAUAAAGCUCACCGAGUUUCCCAAU